UCGUCGCAAGGCGGAGCGAAUCGCUGCAACUUUUUGGAUGAACUUCUUAUUUGAACAAACCGAGAGGCGGUCGGCAGACUGCACGGACAACAACACACCCUAAAGGUGAAGAGAUUUAGAGCUUUUUCCGCUACGAAGUGUAUUUACAACCGGUUCGUUUUAUCGCGACAGUUUGUGAAUGCCAGUAACGGAGCAGCGAGAGCGUUAUUUUCCCUCUCGAAAACGCCGACAAGGUGGAAAUUACUAAAGGGUCACCUGGGAGCCUGUGUCUCUGAGGUUACUAGCUUCAACAAAGAAUCAUCAUUCCUUAGUUGGUCCCAUCCAGACUGAAUGGAGUUCUCUUCUUACAUGGUUGCAAUGCAGACUACUUUUUAGAGACUUCAGCUGUAAAAAGCUUACCAUAACACACUUCUGUUCAUCAAGCCCCAUCAACCACCAAAUGUUUCCCUGAGAGUCUCUCGUCACUUCACUGAGUGGGCAUAAUGUUGACCCUGAUCUAAACCCAUCAACAACCCAUCCCUACCUCCCCCCCCACUCCCUUUCCCACCUCCACCAUGACCAGUCUGAAGCGUUCUCAGACAGAGCGCUCGGUCGGGGGCUCAGUGCCAGCGUCUGAUGAGUUCUACACCCGCCGCCUGAGACUGCCCAAUGGAGGGGCCCCGCCCCCCCGCAGUGAGAGCGCCCACAUCUCCUCUUCCUCCACUACCGGCACCAACCCUGCCGUACCAAAAAUGGGGGUUCGGGCUCGUGUGGCUGAUUGGCCGCCAAGAAAAGACGGGGGAGGAGGCGGUCUUUGGCACAUAACGGUGGAAACCGACUCACCCAGCUCCACCAACACCACAAGCUCUUCAGGAUCAGGAAGUGGAGAUAGAGAAAGACUUGUAGGAGGAGGAGGGGGAGGAGGAGGAGAAAGUGGUGGUGGGGGAGGAGGAAGAGGAAGUAGUGGGAGCGGUAGUGGUAGUGGUAGUGGUGGCAGUGGCAGUGGAGAAAGAGGGGGAUCCGCAGUAACAGCCCACAGCCAUCUGUCAGCCAAGCUGGGCCACCUGAUAAGCCCGCAGGACUCAUCCAUGCUGCGCAACAUCCACAACACCCUGAAGAACAAGAUGCACAGCAAGGGGAAGGACAACCGCUUCCUGUCACCGGAUGGAUACCUAGGGUCUCCUCGCAAAGGCAUGAGGCGCAUCCGUCAGCGCAGUAACAGCGACAUCACCAUUAGCGAGCUGGAUGUGGACGGCAACGAGGGCUGGUCCUUCUCCGGGUGGACCCCCAUGCACCGAGAGUAUGGCAGCACUUCGUCUAUAGAUAAACACGGGGUGUCAGGGGAGAGCUUCUUUGACAUGCUAAAGGGAUACCAGUCCUUCGAGGCCCCUGAUCAGAGAAGCCCAGCCCCAGAGAAGCUAUCGGAGCUGCUUACCGUGGCCCCAACGAAACAGGCGGUCCUGGACCUGCCUGAUGGUGCUUUAGGUUCAGCAAGAGGCAGUCCUGCCAGUCGGUUGAAGGAGCGAGAGAAGCACUUAAAGAGGAGGUCAAAGUCGGAGACAGGUGGAGAAUCAAUAUUCCGUAAACUGCGCAGUGUGAAGGUGGAGGGGGACUCAUCUCGGGCUGGAUCAGAUGCUGAAGAUGGGGGCAAAGCAGAUGAGAGCAGCCCACCUCCCAAACCUUGGGCGUGCCAAAAAGGCUUUGCCCAUUUUGAUAUCCAGUCUUUACUUUUUGACCUCAAUGAGGCAAUCCACAGCAGGCAGUCUGGGUCCAAACGUAAGAACACUACUACCGGUGCCUCGGCUGCUGCUGCUGCCUCCGCUUCAGCCACAUCCUCUCUCUCGUCCAAUCAGAGCGGAAUAUAUGGUUCACCAUGUGGCUCACAAGAGGAGCUGAGCAAGGAGGGGACCGGAGGACACGGCACCAACCCUGCCUUGGACCCCGGGGACGACAAGACCAAUGACCUGGUGCUCAGCUGCCCUUGUUUCAGGAAUGAGAUUGGUGGAGAGGGAGAGAGGAACAUCUCUUCUGCUAAACAGCCGGGCAGCAUAGGUAGUGGUGAGACCUCGAGCAGUUCUUCAGGCAGUACAGAGGAAGGACCCUUGGAUGCCACCCUAACUACUCAUUUUACCAACGCUGGUGUGGCUGUGUUGGAGGCUGGCAAGGACGGGCCAGGCCAACAUGCUGACAGGUCCAAACGUUACAUCGUGGAACAUGUUGACCUCGGCACCUAUUACUACCGAAAGUCUUUCUACCUCAGAGAACACUGGAACUAUCUGGGGGUGGAUGAGAACCUGGGCCCGGUCGCAGUGAGUCUGAGGAGGGAGAAGUUGGACGAACACAAGGACCACGGCCAGCAAUACAACUACAGGGUCAUCUUCAGAAUGAGUGAGCUGAAUACCCUGAGGGGCUCCAUCCUGGAAGAUGCCGUACCCUCCACGUCCAAACACGGUCUGGGCCGGGGUCUGCCACUCAAAGAGGUGCUGGAGUACCUGGUGCCCGAGCUCAACGUCCACUGCCUGCGCCUCGCUCUCAACACGCCCAAAGUCACGGAGCAGCUGAUGAAGCUGGACGAGCAGGGGUUGAGUUUCCAGCGGAAAGUGGGGCUGAUGUACUGCAUGGCCGGCCAGAGCAGCGAGGAGGAAAUGUACAACAAUGAGUCAGCUGGUCCUGCGCUGGAGGAGUUCCUUCAUCUGCUGGGGGAGAGGGUCCGGCUCAAAGGCUUCAGCAAGUACCGGGCCCAGCUGGACGCCAAGACUGACUCGACGGGCACCCACUCCAUGUACACCACCUACAAGGACUAUGAGAUCAUGUUCCAUGUGUCCACCAUGCUGCCCUACACUCCCAACAAUAAGCAACAGUUACUACGAAAGCGGCAUAUUGGGAACGAUAUUGUUACAAUCGUGUUCCAGGAACCUGGCGCGCUCCCCUUCACCCCCAAAAACAUUCGCUCACACUUCCAGCACGUCUUUUUGGUUGUGCGAGCUCACAACCCAUGUUCCGAAAACAGCUCCUACAGUGUGGCCGUCACUCGUUCCAAAGAUGUGCCCUCAUUCGGUCCUCCCAUCCCAGAAGACGUGACCUUUCCCAAAUCCUCCGUGUUCCGGGACUUCCUGCUGGCCAAGGUCAUCAAUGCAGAAAACGCCGCCCACAAGUCGCAGAAGUUCCGCGCCAUGGCCACCCGAACGCGACAGGAGUACCUGCGCGACCUAGCCGAGCGCCACACCACCAGCACUCCCAUCGACCCCUCCGGAAAGUUCCCCUUCAUCUCGCUGGCGCACAAGAAAAAGGAGAAGAGCCGGCCGUAUGGAGGAGCAGAGCUGCGCAGCCUGGGGGCCAUCACCUGGCUCGUCCAGGUGGAGGACCACGGGACGGGAGGGGAGCUGGAGGCCCUGCUGGCCGUCUCCAAUGACUUCCUCAUCCUGUUGGACCAGGGGGCCAAGGCUGUGGUGUUUAACUGCGCCGCUAAGGACGUGAUCGGCUGGACGGCGAGCAGCCCUGCGUCUUUGAGGAUAUUCUACGAGCGCGGGGAAAGUGUGUCUCUGAGGAGUAUCAGUAACAACACGGAGGAUUUCAAAGAGGUGGUCAAACGUCUCGAGUUCCUGACUAAAGGCUGUGAGACAUCAGAGAUGACGCUCCGUCGAAAUGGCCUGGGGCAGCUUGGCUUCCAUGUGAACUACGAGGGCAUCGUGGCUGAGGUGGAGCCGUAUGGAUACGCCUGGCAGGCAGGACUGCGUCAGGGAAGCCGAUUGGUGGAAAUCUGCAAAGUUGCCGUAGCAACGCUGACCCACGAGCAGAUGAUUGACGUCCUGCGGACCUCAGUGGCAGUGCGGGUCGUGAUCAUCCCGCCACAUGAUGACGCCACCCCACGCAGGGGCUGUUCGGAGCUCUAUCGGAUGCCUGCGUCAGAUUAUAAGAGCAGCAGCGGCGAAAGCGGCUCCUUCGAAUACAAGUUCCCGUUCCGCAACAACAACAACAAGUGGCAGCGGACGUCCAGCAGCCCCCAGCAGUCCCUGACCGCCUCGCCGCAGCCGCACACCCCCAACCGGGCCAUCAGCCUGGGCAGCUCCGGGGGGAAGACCCUGUCUGCAGAGAGGCUGGAGCGAGGGGCCGUCAUCCCGCGCAGCGUCAGCAGUGACGGCCGGCCCCUCGACACCAAGAGGAUGUCUCCGGGCUGUGAGAGUUACAGUCUGGCCUCCGCCAUGGCUCUGGGUCGCUCCCCUCACAACCGCAGCUCUCCCAGCAACCUGUCCUGCUCCAGCGACGCCUCUGGGAGCUCUGCUCACUGGAGGCAGAAGUCCAUGCCUGAGCAGUUUGCAGGCAGCCGCCACUCUCCGAUGUCCGGGGACAGACGAGAUGUGGUUGGAGAGGGCGGGUCCAGUGGAAAGUCUACUCCUAAUUGGUCGAGAAUGGAGGAAGGGGGAGGAGCUGAACGAACGUCAACAGAGUCUCCAGUCUCCAAGUCGGGUCAGGGCUACUCUGGAGCUCCCCGCAUCCAGAGGCAGGAGCAGGUCAUCCACGUGUCCCCGAAGAAGGGCAGCCAGUCGGACGGCCCUUACUCCGGGCACUCCAGCAGUAACACUCUGUCCAGCACCGCCUCCAGCGGGGGCCACAGCGACAGCGACAAAUGGUACGAGAUGGGAGCGGGUGGAGGAACCAGCACUGAGCCGGGAGGAGAGCCGGAGCCCAACGGCCUGGGGGGAGGAGGCUACCUGCAGGGGGCGUCGGCCGACAGCGGCAUCGACACCAGCUCUUUUGGAGCCUCCCACCACACACACCCCCACUCCCAUCACGGCAGCACCACCUCCCUGCUGGCCCCCAGCGGAGGGAGAGAGAGCCGGGAGAGCAGGGAGAGCCGGGAGAGCAGGGAGAGCAGGGAGAGCCGGGAGAGAUCAGUGUCUCCGUGGCACAGCCCCACCGAGGGGGGCCGCAGGAUGCUGGAGAGGUCUCCGGCUGCAGCAGAGUCCCCGGGCCCUCCAGGAGAAAGGAGCCUGGAGGGUACCGGCCGGAGCCCCCCCACUCACCUCCUGGUGAGAGACAGCAGCACCUUCAGCCUGAACGAAGCCGGGUCACACUCCAGCUCCAGGCACUCAGGCCACAGCUCCCCGAGAGACGAGUCCUCCUCUUCAACAACGUCUCCUUCGUCCCAGUCCUCCUCCUCCUCGUCCCCGGGGCCCAAGAGCUUCUACCCCCGCCAGGGAGCUCAGUCCAAGUACCUGAUCGGCUGGAGGAAACCCGGAUCCACCAUCAACUCUGUCGACUUUGGAGACACGCGCAAGAAGUCUCCAGGAGAGGGGGGGGUGGAGGUUGUUCCCGUCCCAGCAGCCAGGCCCUCUCUUCGGGAUAUGCAUUCGCCCCAGCCUCACGCCAAAUCCACUAUGGAGGAAGACAUAAAGAGACACAAUUCCCCCGACAGCCCUCCACCACCACGCAGACAUAAGGAAAAGCACGGGCAGAAACCCCAGCAGAUCCCGCCUCUGAACCGCCAUCGCCCCCUGCAUCGAACCCUCUCAGACGAGAGCAUCUAUCGGGGCCAGCGCCUCCCCCCCCUCUUAGACUCCAUGCCCGAACCGGCGCUCGGUGCAGACCUCCUCUUCAGCUGCUCCACCCUCCCACGCUCACCCACCACCCGCGGGGUUCCCCUGCGACGGCCCUCCUAUAAACUGGGCGUCAAACUCCAUGGUGACCUUUCAGCAUCUGACACAUCAUUGGUGGAUCUGGUGGAGCGUCACCGCGGCCCCCUCCCUCAGGAGCUGAUGCCCCUCCCCUCUCAGGGCCAGGAAAGGGAAAGCCCUCUGGAGUGGACUCACCUGGUGGACGUGGCCAGUACGUUUGAGACUGAAAGAAACCCACACUACGUCCAGAGAAGUUAUGUGUUUGGAGAAUCAAACCACCGGAGCAGCGGGGCCUCGAGCCCCCAGCAGUCCCACAUCGAGCUGCAGCCGGCCCCUCUGUCCCGGCCCUCGUCCAGCGAGGGUCACAUAGGGCUGGAGAGGAAGGUGACCAAGCUGGAGGCCACGGUGAAGAUGCUGCAGGAGGACCUGAAGAAGGAGCGUGAGGAGAAGCUGAGGCUGCAGGGGCAGGUCAAGAGGCUGUGGGAGGACAACCAGAGGCUGCAGGAGGAGUCGCAGACAUCCGCCACCAAGCUGAAGAAGUUCACAGAGUGGGUCUUCAACACCAUCGACAUGAACUGACCCCCCCCGCCCUACACACUUUAACUCUAGCACGCACGCACACAAAUGCACACAUCAACACUGGGCAGAGACCAGAGGGGAAGAAGCUGUGCACAAGAACCUGGACGUGAUUAUGUGCCCAUCUUUCUUUGGCUUCAUACAUCAACAGCUGAUAUUUGGUGAGCGGCCUCAGGAUGAGAAUAAGUCAAUGUGAGGGACUGUCCUCUCCUCUCCAAUGGGACCAGAGGCUACGCUGUGCCAAAAUCAUUUUAUAAAAUAGUGACAAAGAGGAAGCUCUCCUCCUCCCUGCUCCUUCUGAAGAGGUCAGCCUUACCUCCUCCUGAUGUGGACCCCCCCCCUCCUGAAAUGCUUUCUCACUUCGAUGUGUUUCUCUUGUUAAGGACCGUACCUUUGAGGUGAUGAGAGUGUUUGUGCCACAGCAGAGGGUCGCAGAGAGAUCCACGUGACUUAAGAGAAGACGUCUCUGAAAUGCCACUCGGAGUCCGACAGGUACUACGAGACAAAUCUGCCAGCUGGCGUUUGCUGUAACACAAACACCUAUAAUGAAUCCGAAGCCUGAAGACCUCUGACUGGACGAAGGAGAGCUUUUUGUUGUCUUCACAUGUAAAGAAGUUUCAUCUCCUAAAGUGUCUCACCACUGAAGGGUCAUGGUGGAAGUUCAGCCACCGACAUGGAAGCAGGUCGCCUCUGAUCGCCAGGGAAACGUGGAUUUGUACAGCAUUGUUCCUCCUCUUCGUCCCUCAGAUCUGGAUUACUGCAUCCUGUCUGUCAGCACAAUCCCACGCCUGACGGAGGAGUGUAUUUAUAAGCCAUCGGCAAGUGGUGCCAUCAAACAUGACUGAAAUCCAGAGUGCUUUGGUCCAUCCAAAUUGUAUGUGUCUUAAAAGCAAUAGGAAGACUCCUGUCUCUCUCAUAAAAGAAUAAGGGAGACAUGGGAGGAGAUAUUUUAAAGGUUACACUUAAAAGACUCUGCUGCACAAGAGCCUCCAUCUUCUUCUGUUAAAGCAGAAGACAUCAUGCUUUAGGAAAAAGGACGGAGAGGACUCUGCGCAGCGUCCCAUCUGGAAUACACAGAGCCAGUAAUGACAGACAUUUUUUGGGAGGGAAAAGUAAGAGUGGACUUUUUCCCCCUAUGUUAAUUUAUUUCAUUGUAUUAUAAUUCAAAUAAGUUGUUCUAUUCGUCAAAGUACAACUGACAUCAGUGUUUAGUUCCUCAAGAAAAACGGUCACUAGCUAUAUUAUUUAAAUGGCUUUCUUUCUCAAUUCUGAUUAUAUGCUUUUUAUUCUGUAUUAUGUUGUGUUUUGUGGUGCCCAAGCCUGCUGUCGUGUUGCUUACAGUGCCCUCUAGUGAUGACCAGUGGAAAUGUCAUGAUUAUUAAAUGUGCCGCCAGUCACUCAGUAUUUUCCCCACGCCUCUCCAACAAUCAGUCAGACAUCGGGAGGCCACACGCAGAACAGGAAACAAACGCCAGCUUUGACAGACAAUCAAAGGUGGAUUUUAGAUUAAAGGAACCAAACCUUAGGUGUGUGUAUGUAGGUGUGUUUUGCAUUUUAACAUCUAUAGUUUUCCUCAGGUUCAGUAUUUGUAGGAAAAGUAAUGAUAUGGUGAGAUUAUAAAGCCCCAUGAUGAGCCAGUGGCAGUGUGUGUUGUCAGUGUGUGAAUGUACAUCAGCCAUGCCUACACUCACUUCUGUUGGUCAUUUUCUCAGAGCAGGGACGUGCCUUUGAAACAGCACCUGGGGAACAGAUGAAAGGGAAAGGCUCGUCUUUUUCAUCCCGAAAAAUAAACACAUUUGAGUUUUAAUCGGCUUCAUACUCACAGUUGUAGACCUCAUAAAUGUCUGUAGUGCGAGGCUUCUCUUCGUUUGAAUAUUUGUACCGAACACAAUCAGGCGCGCAAGCCUCCAGACGCAGGGACGAGUGUGUGUGAAGUGUGACGGUGUGUGUGCCUUUGCAUUCAGCUACAUGCAGUAUAUCUUUCAGGGCAGCUGGCCCCUGUAAUAAGUGUGUUGAUAGAAAUGUUCCCCCUAAAUCACAAAGCCACUUACACCCCGAGGAGACGGAGCGUUCUCAGCCAGGUGCAUGCUGGGGUUACUUCAGCUCGUCUAUGUUGGAAAUGCUGAUCACAAACGUGGUGUUAAAGCCUUAACUCCUUCCCUGUCCUGUGCUAUCAAACGUUUGAUAAAAAGAUCUCAAUUUUUUAGUCUCUUAAAGGUAAAUUUGUGUCUUAAAUCGAUGUAAUUAAACCCAGAACGCCACCCGGUCUGAAUGUAAAGAGAAUAUGAACGAGCCUAAAGAAAUGUGAUGUUUACUAUAACUGACAUUCAGCUUUGUAGUUUAGCAGUGUCAUGAGUGAAGUCGCAACAAAAGACGGUUCUGUUUUAAGAAUCUCAUAUAAAUCUGUGUGGAUUAUAAAAGAAACGUCCCAAUAGUUUUGCUUGGUGAUAUUAUAUAGUUGUUUUAACAGUUUAAGAAGUCGGCCAGUUGUGUCUAGUAGUCAUCCAAUAAUGUGAAAUCCUUACACACAAUAUAACGAGAUAUAUAGGUGGAAGUUUUGAAUUGCUCAGAGCUACAGUUCGCUUAAAUGAUGGCUAAUGUUUGGUAUUUUAUUGUACAUGGAAAGUGCUCUAGUUUUUGUAUCUCAAAUGAAGUAUGGCCACAUGACGAACUGUGCAGUAGAUGUUUUGCUCGCAUCUUCAAAAGUGUGCAUCGAGUGGGAUGUUAUACAUUUGUCCACCUUAUACAAAGACAUUAACAAACCAGUGACUCCAGCGAAAGAUGUUAUUUCACAGUACAUAUUUUUGUUCCGUUCGCUUUGUUUUUGGUGCUUUUCAGAGGGAAAUGUGAAUGUUCAAAUGUUCCAUUUUGUAAUUUGUUUUUAAGAAUCUUUGCACAAUGUUUUAUAAAAAGGGUUGUGUUGUUUUGGAUGAGAAAGGUGAAUCGAUCCAUUCCUGUGCCGUCGUGUCUUGGUGUUGCUCCGUAGUUUUCCUGCCAGCUGACAAGAGGAAGGUGCUUGACUUUAUUCAAUACGUGUACCCUCCUCUUCCUCAAGCUUCACUGAUCAGACGGAGCCGGCUGGAGGUUGUUUUCUCUGGAGGGAUGCUGAUUUCCAGCCUGAGAGCUUGGUGAUUGCUGGAAGGUUCCACGAAGCUGAUCCGUUGGAAGAACAAACUAACCCGCGAAGUGGUCGGCUCUGAGCGGAGGGAAACAACCUUCAAGAGGACCAAGCGUUUGAUAGACUAGAAAUGCUGUUUACAUCCUGGGUCCAUUGUCUUUGUAAAAUGUAAAGGUAUGAAAAAGACAUUUGCAGUGAUCACAGUAUUAAAGUUUCUGAAAUAAAUAAAUGCCGUAUCAAUUUGUGGA